ACACGCGCGCUCUCAGUGACGUAAACGGCGCGUGCUUUAAAGAUGGCGGCAUCUGUGGGUGUCGGAAGUAAUGUUAGUGUUUUUAUUAGCACUCAGCUAAAGUCUAAAGUUUAGAAAACUGUUUCGACUCGUUAGAACGGAUUACCGCUCACGCUGAUAAAUUACACCAGGAGCUUUCAAGGAGGAUGUCAUAAAAAAAGAAGCUAGUUUAGAGGUGGGAGAGGGUUUGCUAGCUGGCUAGCAGUAAACAGGCUGCGUCUAACCCCGCCCACUGCUGUAACCUUACGCUGUUUAUUUGCAUGCUGGUUUUAAGUGGGUUUAGUUUUCACUAGUUUGUGGUUUUGGAUGUUAUCUAGUGUCUGGCGCUAACAAGGCUAACAGCUAGGUAGCCGAACUUUUCCUAAUGACAGCUAGCUGGUUAGUUUAGCGUAGUUGACAGGUGCAUAUGUGACCUUUGCUGUGGUUACUACUUCCGAGCGAACUGGUCAGAACUUUUCUGGCAUUGAAAGUUAUUGCGCUUUAGGAAUUGGGGAGCACUUUUAAUAAUUUCUGAUUUAAAGACAACUUUGCUAGCUUGGGAAUGCUUCUGUAGAACUGGAUGAACUUUUAGCUAGCUAGUUGGCAAGCUAGUAAGCUGGCUAGGCUGACAGGUGGGUAGCUGUCUUCUUUUAAUAGCUACUAGACCUGUCAUAAAGCUAGGUUAGAUUAUAUACCUGUCAAGGUGGUUGUGGGGCACAAACAAUACUAUAAAGUAUUUGGUAAAGUAUUAACAUAGCUGAAAAUUCUGUUAAUCUGUAUAAUAUUGCAUUGAAGAACUCAUAUUUUACUACUCAAGUUAACUUUUUCUAGUUAAGGCUAGUUUUGCAUUAUUUCACUACUCCUGCAUUAUUCAGUCCAUCAUCAUCUGGAUAACGAAAAGCUUCAAGCGUCGAAUGACCAAACAGAUUUGAGGCCCUUCACACUUUAUGGCACAGGGACAGUUUUUUUUGCCCGGACACCUUUCGUCUCUUUGCACCCACUGACUACUACUUAGCUACGUGGGCAGCUGUGUUUUUUUUUUUAUAUAUCUGUCAUUAACCUGGGUUUGAUUUUAUACCUGUCAGGGUGGUAGGGAGAAAUUAUAACAUCUUUUGCAAACAAAUUAGAUAUUUGCAUAGCAGACCGUUCUGGUAAUUCUACUGUUUGGGAUGUGUGUGAUCAUAAGAGACUAAGUUCCUGCAUUAUUCAACCUAUCAGUAUCUGGAAACAAGAAAUCUUCACGCAGAUUUUCACUCCCUGACGGGUUAAUGCACUGGCACAAUUAUCCACUCAGACCAUUUUCGUUUCCUAGGGUCUCUUUGCACCUGCUGUCUACUCAGGGCCCCUACGAUCCUCCCCAUCUUUCUCCCAUUUACGGUACAUUUGGACAGCGCCACUAGAGUUGCAAACGUUUGUCAGUAGAAUGACACUCCGUACUUUAAGGACAUUUCUCUGCUGUCGGAAUCCAGUCGUGACGGUUAUCAGUGGGAGCGGUCGCCUAUAUUUCCAUCAGACUGGUGUAUGUAAAGGGGCUUUACAGGCUGACAGUGGUUUUAAACCUUCAAAAGUUGCAGUGGUGACUAAAACGACACGGUAUGAAUUCGAGCAGCAGAGGUAUCUCUGUGCUGGACUGUCAGAAGAGGAUCUCAAACAGCUGCUUGCCUUGAAGGGAUCCAGUUACAGUGGACUUCUGGAAAGGCACAACAUACACACACACAAUGUUAGACACAUCGUGGACAAUCUGCAAAAACAAGGCAUGGAGGUUCGUGUGGUUAAAAGAGGGGAGUAUGAUGAAGACACAGUCAGAUGGGCAGAUGCUAUUGUGUCUGCUGGAGGUGAUGGCACCAUGCUGCUGGUUGCCAGUAAAGUGUUUGAUAAGAACAAACCUGUAAUAGGAGUCAACACUGAUCCAGAACGGUCCGAGGGCCAUCUGUGCUUGCCUGUACGCUACACACAUGCAUUCUCUGAAGCAUUACGAAAAUUUAGAAAGGGAGACUUCAGGUGGCAAUGGCGUCAGCGGAUCCGCAUGCACUUGGAGGGUACGGGGAUCAACCCCACUCCAGCGGAUCUGCACGAGCAGCAGCUGAGUUUAGAGCAACACACCAAAGCACACCGCAUCACCACCAGCUCCCAGCACAGAAGAGCACAUGAAACCUACACAUCACCAUACCUACUUCCUGUCCGAGGACUCAAUGAAAUCUUCAUUGGAGAGUCCCUCUCCUCCAGGGUGAAGUAUAAAUUCUUCAAACCCCAUCUUACCCUCUCGCUCCAUAGGGCUUCCUACUAUGAGAUCUCCAUCGAUGAUGGACCAUGGGAGAAGCAGAAGAGCUCAGGACUUAGCGUUUGCACUGGAACUGGAUCCAAAGCUUGGUCUUAUAAUAUUAAUAAACUUGUGGAACAGACUGUGGAGGACGUCCUACGAAUAGGCAAAGGAAAAACUGGUUUGGAUAUUCCAAUAAACCAGGAAGUCAUCAGAAGUGUGACUGAGGCUUACAACGAGGCUCUCGUAUUCAGUCCAGAGGAGAACAGAGUUUUCUUUAGUGUCCGAGAGCCCAUCGUCAACAGAGUGUUUUCCAACAGCCGCCAAAGAGGAUUUGCGAGCAAGGUGUGUGUCCGCUCGAGGUGCUGGGACGCCUGCAUGGUGGUGGACGGAGGAACAUCCUUUGAGUUCAAUGAUGGUGCUAUUGCCACUAUUAGCUUACAUGAGGAGGACCUGCUGAAGACGGUUCUGCUUGAUGAUUGAACUCAUGAACGAAGGUUAUUAUUGGAACUGCAUCAUCAAUCCUGGACUGGAAAUGAUCACUAACGUAAGGUCAAAAACGGGUUACUGUCACAACCUGAAGGCUCAUCAUCUGUUCUAGAUGAAGCUGAAAUGAACUUGUACUUUUAUGGUUUUACAAGUAGGAUAAGAAUCUUUCUGAGGUGUUGAUAUGAAAUAUUGUUGGCUACCCCAGAUGGAAAUUGAUGUAUUUGUUUUUUCAGCAAGAAUUCUCUAUGGGAUUUUAGCCCAGACAGAAUGCCAUGCAUUUUGUUGCCAUUAUUCUCAACUAUUAAGAACAAAUCUAUCCAAGUAUGCAAGUUGUUUGCACCUUUGGAUCACUGCCAGGCAAAUGUGAAUACAAUCAGGAGACAUGCAGCUUUGAGCUUCCAGGGGUGUGUGAUUAUGGUGAUAAGCUUGCAGUUACUUGAUUUUCAUGGUACAUGAUGCAUAUUCCAAAAUGUAUUGCCAACCAUACAGUAUAGCCAUAUGAUGAAUAAUUUUUGUUCCAUAGUAACAGUGUUUAAAGAAAAAAAAUAUUUUAAUACCCAGUCAACCCAUUUUUGAUCUGCCCACAAUAUUUCCAAAGACUGUCCUAAAGUAGAAGCCAAUUAGUAAUGUAAACUAAAGUGAAUAAAUAUGAAUAAAUGAAUGCAGUGAACAUGUGCACACGUGAGCACUCCACCGGGCUUGAAGCACUCCCGUGUUAACGAGCAUGGCCUUUUUUUUGUUCUGCAAACUUCAUGUCUCUGAUCAUUGGCGUGACAGUAAAAACCGUCUGCGUCCUCAAAAUCUUUUGGGCCCUGUCAGAUCCCAGUCCUGAUACACAGCUCUAGUUUACUUUUCCAAUUGGUCAGUGUUUCUGAAGUACUGAUGAUAUGUGAUAUUGUCAGAAAAGUGCAUCAUGGAAUAAUUUAUUGCAAUUACUUGGAUGUACUGAAAUAAGACAUUCAGCUUUGAAUCAGUUCAUUUACACCACUAAGUGAUCAUGUGGUACUAAAUAUAGUAUUAUAUGAACCAAGAAGCCCAUGUUAUUGGCAGAUAAGCAUUACUUUGUAUUGCUGCACUAAAAUGUUCUAUUUGGAAAGGAACGUGCCAAAAUAAGUUUUGUAUAGAGAAGGGACAACAGAGGAAUGUCUAUUUGUGUUGCUGGUUUCUUUAUUAAAAAAAAAAAUAAUGAAAACUUG